AUAAGAUUCACUAAAAAUAAUCAAAAACGAAUUUUUCUCCUUCCCUACACAGUUUCGUUUUUGUUUGCUUGCUUCUUCCGGAGAGCAGGCAGCCACCGUCGCCGUCAAGCAACUACCCGUCCCAGAGUUUCAGAGUCUUCCGUUUCCUACUUCUUUCCGUCCACGCCCAAAACUUCUCUCUCGUGAUCGACGAACUCCACCUUGAAACUCCAUUAACGAGGUGAAGCAGUGAAUUUCUUUCUGAAGGAGAGCUGAACAGAUCGAAGUUUCCAGAGGAACACAGCAAAAUCUUCCGAAUUCAUGGAUCCCCUCGCAUCGAUCUCUCCAUCCAUGGUCCUCCCUCCGAACAACCUCCUCUCCCUCCAGCGUCGUAGCGCCACUUUCCCUUGUUCUUCCUCCUCCCACAAUCACCAACGGUACCUGAAUCUCCUCCUCCCUCGCGUCGCUUCCUCCUUCGCCGAUCCGAAUUCGUUUCGGCGGCGAGGAAGGCGAUUCUCCUUUAGAGCGAACGCCGGCAGCGGAGGAGGCGGAGAAGACAAGCGGGCGGGAUCUGGAGGCGGUGAAGGUGAUGAUGACCAGGAAGAAUUAGAGAGGGCGCUUCAUUUGGACGGGACUAUCCCGGGGACCUCCGACGAGUUCGUGAAGCAGGUUUCCUCUCGCGCCUAUGACAUGCGGAGGCAUCUUCAGCAGACUUUCGACAGCAGCAGCUACGACGUCCUGGAGUCUAACCCAUGGAGAGACCCCUCGAAGCCAGUCUAUGUACUAACCCACAGAGAUAACCAGUUGUGCACAAUGAAAACUCGAAGAAACGUCAGUGAAGUGGAGAGGGAGCUAGGGAUGUUGUUUUCUAAAGGGAAGCGGAGGCCUGAUAUGGGGAACCAGGCGAAGAAGUCGAGACCUGGGACGAAGUUCCAGAUGCUUGUUGAGGAUGUCAGGGAAGGAGUUCUUGUGUUUGAAGACGAGAAUGAAGCUGCAAGGUACUGCGACUUGCUGCAAGGAGGAGGGAAAGGAUGUGAAGGUGUAGCAGAAAUCGAAGCCUCCUCCGUGUUUGAUCUAUGCCGUAAAAUGAGGGGUCUUGCUGUUCUGUUCAGGAGGGGGACGACACCACCUAUGCCCCAAAGCCUGGAGCUGAACCUGAAGGCUCGAAAGCGGUCCCUUGAAGACCAAGAAGAAGAUGCAGCAUGAAGUAACCCUCUGGAAACCUUGCUCUGCAAGUUGUAAGGGUGGUUGAUAGAAGAACAAUAGAUUUAGCAUAUAUACUUGUCCUGUACAUAUUGAGAUCUGGGAAGCAAUACUAGCUUAGCCAUGCCCAGGUCUAACUCAAUGGUCAAUGGCGUAGUAAUGUGUUUGUGAAUACGAAAGGAAGAUUAAAGGGGGCCAAAAAAUUUGACUUGACCCUCCCAACAAGUUACUUUUACAGGUAAAAUUCUGCUGUCUUAUGCUUUGGUGUUUCAUCUUCUUUGCC